GGCUCUGCGUGCGUGUGAUCCCAGCCGAGCGCUUAACGCGGGGUUGAGCAAAGAUCAUCGAGCGGAUCAAAGAUCUUUGAAGUUGAGGGUCAGGUCGAGUGGGCGCAUGCGCGCUGCCAACGCUGGCCGUGGUGUCGAAGGCGAGUGGUCGCCAUUGGAAGGGAGCGGCGGUCUGCCGAUGACGGGAGCCGUUCCGCUCAGCGUGACCCGUGUUUAACUUCCGUUAACAAGGGGCACUUAACUGUGGGAUGAUAGAGAGGGACCUUCUGUUUUUUUGAGCAAGAAAAUUAAGGAGUGAAGUUUGAUAUGUGGAAGAGUGGUAGCUAUCUGAAAUAUUAUAUAAUAUAAUAUUUUCUUACUUAUACAGUAACCAAAAGCUGCAGGUGGAAAUGGUAAUCAAAUGUCGUGCUUCCUUCUGCUCCCGCACAUUGGUGUAUACAGUGAUGCUGAGUGCAGUAUACGUCGUUCUCGGCUGCAGUCGGAUUCUCUUCAUGAAGUUUUCAUCUAACGACGAGAAUAGAUACAACUAUUUACCAGCCACCGUGAAUGUAUGCGCAGAGGCUGUGAAAUUGGUAUUUUGUGGCAUUCUAGCACUCAAGAUUCUAGUACAAGAGGGACAAUUGUGCAAGAGUUUAAAAUGUUCCUCUUGGCGCAGUGUUUUCCGAUUUAUGAAAUGGUCUGUUCCAGCCCUUCUCUACUUCGUGGAUAACUUGAUUGUUUUCUAUGUGUUGGUCUACCUCCAACCGGCAUUGGCAGUUUUGUUCUCCAAUUUUGUUAUUAUCACAACGGCUGUGUUGUUCAGGAUUGUUCUGAAGCGGCGCCUAUCCACAGUGCAAUGGGCAUCGCUUGUGAUUUUGUUCCUAUCCAUUGUGGCUCUUGUAUCGGGGACUGGACCAGCCCAGGACACUGUAUCCAGACACAUAUCGACUCACCACGUGCACUUCAAUGCAUCAAACAGCUGCAUUCCGUUUGUAACCCCUCAGGAUAAAAACACACACCAUCCGCUGCAGAUAAAUCCCGUAUCGGCAGCAUCAAAGUGGGAUACUACGUUCAAAAAGCUUAACCUUGGCAUUGGCCACCUCUUUAUAAUUAUACAGUGCUUUAUCUCUUCCAUGGCUAAUAUUUAUAAUGAAAAAAUGCUGAAAGAAGGAGAUCAACUGACCGAAAGUAUUUUCAUUCAGAACAGUAAACUGUAUAUUUUUGGAGUUAUAUUCAAUGGACUAAUAUUACUACUUCAACCUGAAUCUCGCACCCACAUCCAAAACUGUGGAUUUUUCUAUGGGCACAAUGUAUUUUCUGUGGCUUUAAUCUUUAUUACCGCUGCCUUUGGACUGUCUGUGGCUUUUAUCCUAAAGUUCAGAGACAAUAUGUUUCAUGUUCUCACUGCCCAAAUAAUAACCGUCAUUAUUACCACGGUAUCUGUCUUUCAAUUUGAUUUUAAACCUUCACUGACUUUUUUAUUAGAAAUUCCAGUGGUAUUCCUGGCGAUAUUUAUUUACAAUUCCGGCAGCAUAAAGGAUCCAAUGCAUAUCCUCCAGCAAGAGAGGCUAAAGGUUAUAAACGGUGAACUUCUAGAGCGUUCCAGUGGGGAUGGUGAAGAAUUGGAGAGAUUGACCAAACCAAACGUGGAUUCUGAUCCAGAAGAAGAUUCCUUUUAGAAUAGUAAAUUAAAACAAUGUAUUUAUAAAGAAGUGUUCCUCACAGGAUGUGAGCUAAGUACUAAACUUCUUUGAUACAUCAAUAUGGACCAGACCUCAUUUACACUGGAAUUUUUGUAACGCAUCAAGUCAGAUGGAUUUCACAUCAACAUUCCUAGCCUGGUUAUGAAAUAAUGUAGGAAUGACUAAUUUCCAGUUUGCUGGUUGAACUAAAGUAAAACUAUCUGAUGAACUUAUGUUGACCUGGAUUUUGUAAAAGGGAAAUACUCCCUGCUCAUUAUGCUUGUAACUGUCCUUUGAUUUUCUGGGUUAGUGUAAAGUAUCCGCUUCCAGCAGUCUGUGUCGUGUGAGGACAGGAAAAGCAAGUGUGCGUCUCCUUAUUAAAUCAGACUGAAGAAUCUGAGCCGGCAGCGGCAUGGUGGCACAGCCGAAGGGUUACUGCCUGACAGCGCCAGAGACUCGGGUUCUAUCCUAACGACAGGUGCAGUUUGUAUUCGUGGGUUUUCUCCGGGUGUUCCGGUUUCCCCCCCCCCCCCCCCCCCCCCACACUCCAAAGACGUACAAGUUUGUAGUUAAUUGGCUUCUGUAAAUUGUAAAUAGUGUAGGACGGGGUGAUUCCUGUCAGCGCAGACACAAUGGGCCAUGCUGUAUCUCUAAACUAAAUUAAACCGAAUUAAAAUCCUUGCCACAAUGCACAGUGGGGGUUAUUGAUCAACACAAAGUGCUGGAGUAAUUCAGCGGGUCAGGCAGCAUCUUUGGAGAUAAAUGAUAGGUCACUUUUCGGCUCGAGGCCCUUCUUCAGACUGAUUAUUGGACUUGUGGACAAAUGGGAGUUAGUAAAAGCUGGGGAAAUUAAUGAUGUGUUAAGAAAGGACAGCACAGUGGCGCAGCUGGUAGAGUUGCCGCCUCAGAAGCGCCAGUAUCCUGAGUUUGAUCCUGAUCUUAGGAGCUGUCGGUAUGUGGAGUUUGCACGUUUUCCCUGUGACCGUGUGGGUUUCCACCAGGUGCUCCAGUUUCCUCCCACAUCCCUAAGAUGUGCAAGUUUGUAGAUUAAUUGUCGCCUCUAAAUUCCCCCUGGUGGAUAGGGAGUGCAUGUGAAAGAGGGAUAACAUAGAAAUAGUGUGAAUGGGUGAUCGAUGAUCAGUGUGAACUCGGUUGGCGGAAGGGUCUGUUUACAUUCUGUAUCCUUCAAGCAAUCAAAAAUAUUUUCCGCUCACCCAGCCCCCUUCCCCCUCUCUGCCCCCUUCCCUCUCCUUUGCCCCAACUGGACUCCCACCUAUUUCUCCCCUCCACUCACCCAUACUCCCUCCUGCCAGUUGCCUCCUUCUGGCUUUACAAUCCGCAACUCUUCAAACCUGUCUCACUCUUUCCUCCCUUCCUUUCUUAUCUUUGGCCUUAUUCCAAGCAGUUGCCUAUCAAACCUCCCCCCUCCCUUGCCCUUGUCGACCUAUUACCUGCCACGCAUGUCUAGCCGCUCCCCUUUACCAGCUUUAUUCUCUCCCCACAAUCAGUGUGAAGAAGGGUCUCGACCCGCAACGUCACUUUCCAUGUUCUCCAGGGAUGCUGCAUGACCUGCUGAGUUACUCCAGCAUUUUGUGUGUUGUGUCCUUUAAAUUAUUUUUCAAGUUUUACUUGAAAGGCAGAUUUGCAUGGCAAGGGCAUCUUUGCAGAGAUUAUAUGUGCCUUGACACUAUUAGUUGCGGGUAGAGAGGAGCCUUGGUCUGCCAGUCAUAAGUUAUAGGAGCAGAAUUAGGCCAUUAGGCUCUUCAAGUCUACUCUGCCAUUCAUUCAUGGCUAAUCUUAGUUUCCCUUUCAACCCCAUUCUCCUGCCUUCACCCCAAUAACCCUCGACACUCAUAUUAAUCAAGAACCUGCAAUCUCUGCCUUAAAAAUAUUCAUCGACAUGGCCUCCACAGCCAUCUGUGGCACUGAACCUCACUGAUUCACCAUCUUCUGACUAAAGAAAGUUCACCACCUUCUGACUAAAGAGUCCAAUGCUGUACUCUGGGAUUAAGCUUUAUCCUGUUUUCCAUGAAGCCAGGCUAAUCACUAAGUGAAUUUGGUAAUGAAUCUGACUGAACCAUAAAGCACACAGAAGCCCCAAUCCGUAGGUACAUCUCCUACCUCCAUUGCACUAUCUAGUAUUGUAAAUAAGUAGGAUUGCUGGAAUGUUCAAUAUCAAAUUUUCUAAUAAUUAAUUAUCAAAAUGAUUUCCAAUAAAAAAUAAAAUGUGAAGAAAAAA